GUCACAGAGACCCAUACUGUCACAGAGACCCAUAGACUCACACAGAGACUCAUAGAUACACAAAUAGACCCACAGAUUCACAAAUUGGAAUCGGUUCCGCGCUACACGUUAUUAAUCGCUACAGGUUAUUAAUCGCUACAGGUUAUUAAUCGCUACAAGUUAUUAAUAGCUACAAGUUAUUAAUCGCUACAGGUUAUUAAUCGCUACAGGUUAUUAAUCGCUACAAGUUAGUAAUCGCUAUAGGCUAUGAAUCGCUACAAGUUAUUAAUCGCUACAAGUUAUGAAUCGCUACAGGCUAUGAAUCGCUACAAGUUAUUAAUCGCUACAAGUUAUUAAUCGCUACAGGUUAUUAAUCGCUACAGAUUAUUAAUCGCUACAAGUUAUUAAUCGCUACAGGUUAAAUUUAAUCGUGCACCGCCUGUAAUCGACGAUUGCUAAAACUCCGAUUACGCGCGCGCGGGUCCCGACCACGUGACCACACACUCCGCCCCCCCCCGCAAACUCACACACCCGGAAGUGAGCAGCUUCCCACCCCGCCCUUACCCAAGAUGGCGGCGCCCAGCGACACGUGCGCCUUCAUCUUGACCGUGGCCGGAAUCACCCUUUUCAAAUGCCUCCUCGUCCCCGCCUAUCGUUCCACGGAUUUUGAGGUGCACCGCAAUUGGCUGGCAAUCACGCACAGUCUGCCCGUCUCACAAUGGUACUACGAGGACACGUCGGAGUGGACGCUGGACUACCCGCCGCUGUUCGCGUGGCUGGAGCUGGCGCUGUCGCACGCGGCCCGAUGGUUCGACCCGGCCAUGCUGGCGGUGGGCAACGUGGGCUACGCGAGCCCGGCCACCGUGCUCUUCCAGCGCCUCUCCGUCACGGCCACCGACGCGCUGUUCGUCUACGCCGCGUGGGAGUGCGGCCGGUGCGUGCGUGGCAAGGCCAAGGCCCGUCCGGGAGAGCUGACGCCUAGCCCCGGCCUGGGCCUCGCCGCUCUGCUCGUCACCAACGUCGGGCUCCUGCUCGUCGACCAUAUCCAUUUUCAAUACAACGGUUUCCUCUCCGGACUGAUGCUGUUGUCCAUUGCCCGCCUGUACCAGGGCAAGGUCUACACGGCUGCCUUCCUCUUCUCUCUGCUGCUCAACUUCAAGCACAUCUACCUGUACCUGGCGCCGGCGUACGGCGUCCACAUGCUACGCACGUUCUGCUUCAUGCGCAGUCGCCCCGACGGGAGUGUGCUCUGGAGAAGUCUGAGCGUGGCCCGUCUAUCGGGGCUGGCCGCGAUCGUCCUGUCCGUGUUCGCCUGCUCCUUCGGCCCGUUCAUCGCCAUGGGCCAGCUGCCGCAGGUGCUGUCACGCCUCUUCCCCUUCCGGCGGGGGCUCUGCCACGCCUACUGGGCGCCCAACGCGUGGGCGCUUUACAACGCCGCCGACAAGGCGCUCGCCAUCGCCGGCGUCCGUGCGGGGCUCUGGAACGGAAGCUCCCUGGCCACGGCGGCCAUGACAGGAGGGCUGGUGGGCGAGGCCGAGCACGCCGUGCUGCCCUCCGUGCCGCCCGGCGCCACCGUCGCCUGCACGCUGCUCGCCAUGCUGCCGGCGCUGUGGGCCCUGUGGUCGCGGCCGUGCGGCCCGCGCCACUUUGUGCGCUGCGCUACGCUCUGCGCCCUGGCGUCGUUCCUCUUCGGGUGGCACGUCCACGAGAAGGCCAUCCUCAUCGCCAUCCUCCCACUCACACUCCUGGCGGUGGAGAGCCGAGAGGACGCUGAGACGUUCCUGAUCUUGGCCACGACCGGCCAUCUAUCGCUGUUCCCGCUCAUCUUCACCCUGCCUGAGUUGCCCAUCAAGAUCGGCCUGAUGCUGAUGUACACCAUCUUUAGCUUCUCCACCCUCGGGUCGCUCGUGUGCGGCGCCAGGGAGCGCCUGCUGGGCCCGUGCGCCGCGGGCUACCUGGCCGGCCUGGCCGCGCUGGCGCUGCUCGUGGAGCUCGCCUUCCCGCUGUCGCCGUGGCGAAGCUCGAUGCCCUUCCUGCCGCUGCUCGCCACUUCCUGCUACGGCGCCGUGGGCGUCGCCAUCGCCUGGUUCCGCCUCCUGCGCUCGCUGGGCUCCGCCCACCGCCCCCGCGGCCGAGACGACGACCGGCGGAAGGCGCAGUGACGGCCGGCGGCGGUCGCGGUCGUUCAGAAAUCUUUAUAGACGACCACGAGAGGAGGAGGAAUUUGCGUUUUACGGACCUCGACCGUUUCCGGUUCCAUCCCCGCGAUCUUGCCCCUAGGGAAGCGCCCCCCCCCCCCCUCCACCAGCGGCAGCCGCCCCCGUGCGGUGCAAGGCGUACGCAGCACCGGCCUGCAAGUGGGGCUUGGACUGCCAGCAGUGCUAAUGUACGAGCAGUUUUACAAACUUGGGCCGUGAAGCCUACUCCGUUCUGAACAAGGCCAUUGGGGAUCUCGCACCCACACGCGGUAUUACUGGUAGGAAACCAAGUGGACUGAAAGCCCAACCGGGAUUAAUUCACAGGAGGCAGGGGAUUAAUUGUGGAU